AUGUCAGAUGCAGCCGCGGACACCAGCUCCAAGAUCACCACCAAGGGCUUGAAGGAGAAGGAAGUUGUGGAGGAGACAGAGAACGGCAGGGACGCACCUGCCAAUGGGAAUGCUAAUGAGGAAAAUGGGGAGCAGGAGGCAGACAAUGAGGUAGAUGAAGAAGAGGAAGAAGGUGGGGAGGAAGAGGAUGGAGAUGGAGAUGAGGAAGCUGAGGCUCGUACGGGAGGAAAGUGGGUAGCUGAAGAUGAUGAGGAUGAUGACAUUGACACCAAGAAGAAGACUGAUGAGGAUUUUAGACAGCAGAAAGGAAAAGCUUCCCCGUCUCAGAAUUUAAACGUGGUCACCUUCGAAUAG